UCAGUCAAUCCUGAAAUUGAAACUUUGUUUUCCUGAAAAUUUUAUUUUUUAUUAUUUUUCGAUCAAUUUUCUAAAUGUACAAUCAUUUAAAUAAACUCGAUGAGGACACCAUCAGAGUGCGUAACGAGCACUCUGUUAUGGACGCCAUUGCAUCCCAAAACAAUCAAAUUACGGAAGACGAAUUAUUUGAGCAAUUCAUUAUGUCGACGGAUGCGCCACGAGAUCUUAUCGAAUAUGAAUUGAAACAAAUAUUACACAAUGGCUUGGUUGGUGGAUUUAUAGCUAAAACUGGAAACAAAUAUGCGAUCCCGACACUUGAAAAUAUGUAUACAGCUGACUGCGACGACAGUAAAGGCGAUGAGAGGGACAGGCCGGACGUAACGGUGAGAGUAGAACCAGCUGCUUCUACGAGUAGUGCUACAAGAAAACGGGCAUCAACCGGUCCAUCAUCUCACGAGCAUUGUCCUAAAAAAGCAAGGCCUUGCCCAGAAGCAGUAGAUUUAUCGACUAAGCUUAUGAAGAGAACUUGCAAAUUUAGAAAGGCCAGAUUCAUCAGAAUGAAAAUGCACAUACCGCGCUUGUUUUCGAUUGACGAAAAAAGAGCAAUGGAUUAUCCUAUAAUUAGGCCACCACUUGUAGAGGGCGGAGAAUGUGCUUCAGAUGAGGAUUUUGAAGAAGAAGAAGCAGCAGGAGAAGAAGAAGAAGAAGAAGCAGGAGAAGAAGCAGAAGCAGAAGAAAGUGUAGAUGAUGAUGAUGAUGAAGCUCCCUCAGCGUGCGAAACUGGACCAGCUACACGAACGUCUACACGAAUAAUAAUACGGGCUAAGGGUAAAUGUGGAGGCAUGUCAGAUCCACAUAAAUGUUCAUUUUGAGACCGUCUCCCCCGUCGGCAGCGUUGUUGUUCGUCAAUAUCCAAAUUUAUGAAAUAAAAAUUUCUG